GGGCCGGGGGGGACAGGACCCUGACUGAGGGUGGGGAGGCUGGAGACAUGACUCUCUCCUGGGCUCUGAGCUGGGGAGGAAGCGGAGGCAAAGUCUCAGCUUCAGCGCCGAGCUCAGGUGGGAAAGCCUCGCCCUGAGCAUGGCUGUGAGAUUCGGACCAGACGAGCCGUCCCCACCCGACGGACACAGGCACCCUCACAUCUACACCCCCUGCUGCCUUAGGACCGGGGCCACUUGGGCGUCCCUCCCUGGGGCCUCCUGGCUGCCCAACUGCAGUGCCCGGGGUCUCUCUUACUCCCCCAGGGAGGGGGCUCGGGGUGGCUUUUGCAGAACCAGAGGCUACGUAGGACCCUUGGGGCUCACCUGGGCGCCAGCCGGCCUAGGAGCUGGAGACGAACACCCUUUUCCCGGGCGGGCUCGCAGCCAGCAGGGCCCCGCCAGGAAAGCCAUGCCUCGGGGUGGCACUGGGCCCGUCUGUAAGUGGCAUCUGGUCUCUGCUGUGAAGUUGUUGACCUUGGGGUCCUGGGAGGUUUGUGAGGGUCCGGGACGCUCUUCGAUUUGCGGUGAGAUGGGUGUUGGCUGGGGUCUCCUGUGCCAUCUCCCGCCCUCUCUGCUGAGCCUGGAAUAGACACAGGGCCCACCUCCAGCCCCAGCUCAGGGCAGGGCUGAGAGACAGGCCAGGGGUGUCCAGGAGCUGCUAGCCUCGUCAGUGACAUCACCCCUCCCUGGCUCCUGAGUGCCUGGGAAGUGGUUUGGGGGAGGCAGAGUCAGAAGGGGUAGCCGCUCUCAGAUUCUGCUUCUCUCUUGUCUGUCUGUCUGUCUGUCUCUCUCUGCAGGAGCCGGGCCCCUUCUCCUCUUGCUUCCUAUCUGUCCGCUCCUGCUCCUCCUCUCCCCCUCAAAACCUGCCUUUGCUGCUUCUGCCCUCACCCCCUGGAGGCUCAGGUCUGCGGGGCCCACCCACCCGCUCUGGGGCCAUGGGAGCACUGCUGGGACUCCUGGCACUGCUGCUGUGGGGCGCUGGGGCCGAGGGCCCGGCCAAGAAGGUGCUGACGCUGGAGGGGGACCUGGUGCUGGGCGGGCUGUUCCCCGUGCACCAGAAGGGCGGCCCGGCCGAGGAGUGCGGGCCGGUCAACGAGCACCGCGGCAUCCAGCGCCUGGAGGCCAUGCUGUUCGCGCUGGACCGCAUCAACCGCGACCCGCGCCUGCUGCCGGGCGUGCGCCUGGGCGCGCACAUACUGGACACCUGCUCCAAGGACACGUACGCCCUGGAGCAGGCCCUGGACUUCGUGCGCGCCUCGCUCAGCCGGGGCGCCGACGGCUCACGCCACGUCUGCCCCGACGGCUCCUAUGCCACCAACGACGAUGCUCCCACUGCCGUCACGGGUGUCAUCGGCGGCUCCUACAGUGACGUCUCCAUCCAGGUGGCCAACCUCCUGCGGCUGUUUCAGAUCCCGCAGAUCAGCUACGCGUCCACCAGUGCCAAGCUGAGCGACAAGUCCCGCUACGACUACUUUGCCCGCACGGUGCCCCCCGACUUCUUCCAGGCCAAGGCCAUGGCCGAGAUCCUCCGCUUCUUCAACUGGACCUACGUGUCCACCGUGGCGUCCGAGGGCGACUACGGCGAGACGGGCAUCGAGGCCUUCGAGCUGGAGGCCCGCGCCCGCAACAUCUGCGUGGCCACCUCGGAGAAGGUGGGCCGCGCCAUGAGCCGCGCGGCCUUCGAGGGCGUGGUGCGCUCGCUGCUGCUGAAGCCCAGCGCCCGCGUGGCCGUGCUGUUCGCCCGCUCGGAGGACGCGCGCGAGCUGCUGGCCGCCGCCCAGCGCCUCAACGCCAGCUUCACCUGGGUGGCCAGCGACGGCUGGGGGGCCCUGGAGAGCGUGGUGGCCGGCAGCGAGGGGGCCGCCGAGGGCGCCAUCACCAUCGAGCUGGCCUCCUACCCCAUCGGCGACUUCGCCGCCUACUUCCGCGGCCUGGACCCCUGGAACAACAGCCGCAACCCCUGGUUCCGCGAGUUCUGGGAGCAGAGGUUCCGCUGCAGCCUCCGGCGGCGGGACUGCGCGGCCCACUCCCUGCGGGCCGCGCCCUUCGAGCAGGAGUCCAAGAUCAUGUUCGUGGUCAACGCCGUGUACGCCAUGGCCCACGCGCUGCACAACAUGCACCGUGCCCUCUGCCCCAACACCACCCGCCUCUGCGACGCCAUGCGGCCCGUCAGCGGGCGGCGCCUCUACAAGGACUUUGUGCUCAACGUCAAGUUCGAUGCCCCCUUCCGCCCGGCCGACACCCACAGCGAGGUCCGCUUCGACCGCUUCGGCGACGGCAUCGGCCGCUACAACAUCUUCACCUACCUGCGGGCGGGCAGCGGGCGCUACCGCUACCAGAAGGUGGGCUACUGGGCGGAAGGCCUGACGCUGGACGCCAGCCUCAUCCCCUGGGCCGCGCCCUCGGCCGGCGCCCUGCCCGCCUCCCGCUGCAGCGAGCCCUGCCUGCGGAACGAGGUGAAGAGCGUGCAGCCGGGCGAGGUGUGCUGCUGGCUCUGCAUCCCCUGCCAGCCCUACGAGUACCGGCGGGACGAGUUCACCUGCGCGGACUGCGGCCUGGGCUACUGGCCCAACGCCAGCCUCACCGGCUGCUUCGAGCUGCCCCAGGAGUACAUCCGCUGGGGCGACGCCUGGGCCGUGGGGCCCGUCACCAUCGCCUGCCUGGGCGCCCUGGCCACCCUCUUCGUGCUGGGCGUCUUCGUGCGGCACAACGCCACGCCCGUGGUCAAGGCCUCGGGCCGGGAGCUGUGCUACAUCCUGCUGGGCGGCGUGUUCCUGUGCUACUGCAUGACCUUCGUCUUCGUGGCCAAGCCCUCCACCGCCGUGUGCACCCUGCGGCGCCUGGGCCUGGGCACCGCCUUCUCCGUCUGCUACUCGGCCCUGCUCACCAAGACCAACCGCAUCGCGCGCAUCUUCGGCGGCGCCCGCGAGGGCGCCCAGCGGCCGCGCUUCAUCAGCCCCGCCUCGCAGGUGGCCAUCUGCCUGGCGCUCAUCUCGGGGCAGCUGCUCAUCGUGACGGCCUGGCUGGUGGUGGAGGCGCCGGGCACGGGCAAGGAGACGGCGCCGGAGCGGCGGGAGGUGGUGACGCUGCGCUGCAACCACCGCGACGCCAGCAUGCUGGGCUCGCUGGCCUACAACGUGCUGCUCAUCGCGCUCUGCACGCUCUACGCCUUCAAGACCCGCAAGUGCCCCGAGAACUUCAACGAGGCCAAGUUCAUCGGCUUCACCAUGUACACCACCUGCAUCAUCUGGCUGGCCUUCCUGCCCAUCUUCUACGUCACCUCCAGCGACUACCGGGUGAGCGGCCCCCGCGGAGGCUGGGGUGGGGCCCCGGGGCUCCUGUUUCCUGGAUCUCGCUUCCUCUCCCUAGGGUCUGCCUCGCGGUUCGUCCCCACCGUCUGCAACGGUCGCGAGGUGGUGGACUCCACAACAUCGUCGCUUUGA